GACCAUCCUUGUCUCUCAUCCUCCACCACACUUCUGCGGAAUGAGCGUUAUGACAGUUGAAACACAGGUCGAUAUCCGGCCAAUUGGUCAUGAACACUACGUGAAUGGGGACGCGAUGCUAAACGGCAUCCUCAAGGAGCCAAAAUUCGCCAGUGGACUCAUCCUGCCGCCUCCGGAAAUCAAGUCCGUCAUUGACAGGACAGCCCUGUUCGUUGCUCGAUCAGCUAACCCUCCCCAGUUUGAGGAUAAGAUUCGCGAAAAUCAGCGUCAGGACCCAAAGUUUUCGUUCCUCAACCCGGCCGACCCUUAUCAUGCAUAUUAUAGGCACCGUAUGGAGAAGGUCUCCCGGGGCGAGGUAGAUGAAGAACAAGCUGCGAAGGAGGAACAUCCCGAGGGGCAGAAGGCACCGGAGAAAGAGGUAGACAGAGGGCUUGAGCCCCCAAGUCCGGAGUUCAUUCUCGAUAUUCCGAACGUUAGUGCUGUUGAUCUGGACAUCAUGAAGCUCACUGCGCUCUUCACUGCUCGAAGAGGACGUGCAUUCCUUGCUUCACUUUCACAGAGGGAAGGCAGAAAUUACCAGUUCGACUUCUUGCGGCCAAAUCAUUCGCUCUUUGGCUACUUCAACCGCCUUGUGGAUCAGUAUUCGAAAGUACUCUUACCGAGCAAAGACAUGCUUGACCAACUGAAACAACGUACAGAACCUGACUCACGGUGGAAGGACCUCGAGAUUGCACGAAAACGAGCGAAGUGGCAACAGAGCAAACGUGAACAAGACAAGAAGCGUGAAGACGAUCAGGAAGCGGAAAAGAAGGCCUUUGCUGAGAUUGAUUGGCAUGAUUAUGCUAUUGUCCAAACCAUCGAAUUCACUGCUGCUGACGCCACUUCAGAACUUCCACCACCAAUGAGCGUACAAGAGGUCGAGAAUAUGACGCUGGCUCAGAAACGUAUGGCUGCCAUGAUCAUGGAGACAACCUCUGAAGACGUGGAGGCCCUCAGAGUCAAACAAGCACAGGCCGAAGCCGAGGCAGCCGCAGCAGUUGGUGGUGCCGGCCAAAUGGAGGACGACACGGCUAUGGAGGAGAGUGACGAUGAGGAUAGAGAGGUGCUGGAGAGGAAACGUCGUGAAGACGAGGAGAGGCAGAGAGAGCUCGAACGCGCGCGUGCCAUCCAGGCAAGCUCAUUGGAAGCAGGUGGUCCAAUGAAGAUCAGGACAGACUAUGUUCCAAAACUGUCUUCAAAGAAGGCUGGCGAAAAGCUUACCAUAUGUACUAUUUGUGGUCAGCAAAUACCCGUGGACGAGCUUCAAGAGCACAUGCGUAUCGAAUUGCUCGAUCCUCGCUGGAAGUCACAGCGCGAUGUUCUCGAAGCUCGCAAAGCGCAAGCAUCGGAAUUGCAACGUGGCGCCAAUGUCGUUUCGUCACUCAAGAACCUUGCUCGUACUCGUGUCGAUAUCUUUGGCGCCUCAGAAGAUGAAGAGAAGAGAAAGAGGGAGGAAGAGGAAGAACGGGCCAGGAGGAGGGAAAGGGAGAAGGUCGUUUGGGACGGUCACACUGCGUCCAAAGCGGGCACACUCGACAAGUUUUCAACCAAUGUCAACUUCGACGAGCAGAUUGCUGCUAUCCACAGGGCGAAGGGUCUUGGACCGCAAGAAGCAGGCGCAAUUGGUCCUGGUAUCGGUCCAGCUGCGGCGCCAGCCCCUCUGGCGACACUUCCUCCCGCACCCGCAUCCCUGCCUCCACCUCCUACUCAAGGUGGCGCCCCUCCCAAUGCCGCUUACACCGCUGCUACAAUAUCCUCUGGUCCUCAACCUGCUUCAAUGUACCCUCCCUCAGCUCCUCCUGUCAUGCUUCCACCUCUUCAUUACCAAGGUCUUGAUGCAGCUCAACCAUUCGGCUAUCAACCUCCACCAGUGGGUGCUCCCAUGAUGCACCCUGCACGUGCAGCAGCAUUGGCUGGUUCACCAGUUGGUACCCCACCUCAGACUGGUAUGGUGCGAAGUGCCGAGGAGAUGGAGGGUGCGGACGAUGGCAUUCCACCUGCUAAGCGGCAGAAGGUCGCCAAGUUGCCUGGUGGUGCCCUAUAUCCCGAAGAGAACUGGAUUAGCAUGCAUCCGCAUCCCAUAUCACUCCGGAUUCAGUUACCGAACGACUCAUCGAAACCAGAGUGGAAGCUUGAUGGUACCGUGGUCACCAUCCCCGAUCUUGCAGUCACUCUCUUCGUUUCAACGCUUCGUGACCGUGUGUUGCAGCACACUGGAAGUGCGUUGGCCUCGUCGAAAAUCAGGUUCUCAUAUGGUGACAAGGUUCUCACAAACUCGCAUACGCUCGCUGUGUAUAAUUUGGAGGACGAGGACCUCUUAGUACUUAGCGUUCGUGACCCUAAGAAGAAGUGAUCUUUCGUGUUGUAUUGGGCAGUGUGCAUUGUUAUCCUACUACUUUUUGUACUCACCUUUGUUAUCAUUCACUGCAAUAUAUAUCUGUGAAGGAACUGAUCGGCCAAAGUGACAAGGAGGGGUAUCUAGGGUAUCUGUCAUAUGCAUUGAGUCGGAAAAAGAGAAUCACUAGUCAUACACUGGUGCUAGAU